GCCGAGGGACAUGCAACUGAACCAGAAAGCGAGGAGUCAAGAGCAGCAUUGACUCAGGAAGUAACAACAGUGUUCCUGGCCACAAACAUCUGUUACUAUUACUGGAUAUUUACAAAAUGCUUCAGUGGAGAAGAAGACACUGCUGCUUUGCAAAAAUGACCUGGAAUACUAAGAGGUCUCUGUUCCGGACUCACCUUAUGGGUAUACUUUCUCUAGUGUUUCUUUUUGCUAUGUUUUUGUUUUUCAAUCAUCAUGACUGGUUACCAGGUAGACCAGGAUUCAAAGAAAAUCCUGUGACAUACACUUUCCGAGGAUUUCGUUCUACAAAAAGUGAGACAAAUCAUAGCUCCCUUCGGAACAUCUGGAAAGAAGUAGUUCCUCAGACUUUAAGGCCUCAAACUGCCUCCAAUAACACAGAGCUAUCACCACAAGGAGUUACAGGACUAGAGAACACUCUCAGUGCCAAUGGAAGCAUUUAUAAUGAAAAAGGUAGUGGACAUCCAAACUCUUACCAUUUCAAAUACAUUAUCAAUGAGCCUGAAAAAUGUCAAGAGAAAAGUCCAUUUUUAAUACUAUUAAUAGCUGCCGAACCUGGACAAAUAGAAGCAAGAAGAGCUAUACGGCAAACUUGGGGCAAUGAAACUUUAGCACCUGGCAUCCAAAUUACACGGGUUUUUUUGUUGGGCAUAAGUAUUAAGCUAAAUGGCUAUCUUCAACAUGCAAUUCAAGAAGAAAGCAGACAGUAUCAUGAUAUAAUUCAGCAGGAUUACUUAGAUACAUACUAUAAUCUGACCAUUAAAACACUAAUGGGUAUGAACUGGGUUGCAACAUACUGUCCACAUACUCCAUAUGUUAUGAAAACGGACAGUGACAUGUUUGUCAACACAGAAUAUUUAAUACACAAGUUACUAAAGCCAGACCUGCCUCCUAGACAUAACUAUUUUACUGGCUAUCUAAUGAGAGGAUAUGCACCAAACAGAAACAAAGACAGCAAGUGGUACAUGCCACCAGACCUUUACCCAAGUGAGCGCUACCCUGUCUUCUGCUCAGGAACUGGUUAUGUUUUUUCUGGGGAUCUGGCAGAAAAGAUAUUUAAGGUUUCUUUAGGUAUCCGUCGUUUGCACUUGGAAGAUGUAUAUGUAGGGAUCUGUCUUGCCAAGUUGAGAGUUGAUCCUGUGCCCCCUCCCAAUGAGUUCGUGUUCAAUCACUGGAGAGUUUCUUAUUCAAGCUGUAAAUACAGCCACCUAAUUACCUCUCAUCAGUUCCAGCCUAGUGAACUGAUAAAAUACUGGAACCAUUUACAACAAAAUAAGCACAAUGCCUGUGCCAAUGCAGCAAAGGAAAAGACAGGCAGGUAUCGGCACCGCAAACUACACUAA